AUGGCGGGUGCCAAGCGUAAGCUCGAAGCUUCUCAGGGAGCGACGCCUGCUGGCGCUGGCGCUACACCUCCAGGAAACAUGACCCCCCUAGCUGAUCCUUCCAGGGAGGAUAACUCCAACAUUCGUAUCACCCGGAGCGCUCGGGCUAGCCGAGAUGCUCGUGCUCAUAAUAUGAACAUUCCGAGCACCCCAUCAUCUACUAACAAUACCACUCACAACAAUCUCAAUAAUGGUCGCCCGUCACGCAUUAUCACGCUGAGCACCCGCGCGGCGAGAGCCAAUAGUGCCCGCCAGGCUCAGGCCAACAGUCUCCGCGAAGCCCAAGCAAACAAUGCUCCUGUGGGCAAUACUGCUACCAACACUGCCAACCCUGUCCGUGAGACUCGCACCUCUCGAGCACGCGCUGCUGCCGCGGCCGCGGCUGGCCCUGCUGUGCCCUCUGCGGCCGCGGCCCUCACUGCUCCAGCUCCGGCUGACAGCGCAGCAUCGGCGACUGUUCCAGAGACCCCCCGGCAUAAGCGCGCCAAACGAGCUCCUACUGUUGAGGAGACGCCAAGGACGACGAGGCAGUCUGCAAGACUUAGGGGCAAUAUCCAACCCCUUAGUUCCACCGAUAAUACUCUCUCGAACUCUCGGGUUGAGUCCAAAGAGCCUGAUGGCAGCCCAUCCGCCGGCAUGGCUCCUGGCGGCCGGACACGGACACGGAGCAGACAGAUGGUCAACAGCCUUAACGAGAAACCCGGCGAUUCAACAGCACCGGCUAAUUCACCUGCAGCUGCUACUGGUUCUACAAUCACUUCGUCUCCCUCGAAAAACAGUGCCGCAAGAAACGAAGAGAACAUCAGCCCUCUGGAUACAGAUACUGCGCAGCUAUCCACAAAAAAUCAAACAUCUCAACCAGGUGAUGAAGAUUUAUCAAAGGAGAACGUUUCUGAUGACAUCGAGGAUAAACUGAACGAACCCUCAGACUUGGAGAGUGAGGAAAAGCACGAACCCAUGACUCUCCCACCCAAGUCACUGAAACGGAAGUCUCCAGAGCCCGAUGACGGCGUCGCUGGGGAGCUCAUGCGCUCUCCUACUUCUCCACGCAAGAAGCCGAAAGUGGAGAACGCAGAGCUGGACCGCGCGUUGGACCAGCAGUUACAGGAAGGCACUGAGAAUAGCGUUGAUGACAAAGCAGCGCCGUCGUCCCCUGCUGACGUGGAUGCUAUUGCUGCCGAGAGUGAAGUUGAAGCCGCCGAGGACGAUGCUCUCAAAGCCGGAGCCACUACAUCUGUUGCUGCGGACGCCGAUGUUGCCGAUGCUCACAAUGCUGAAAUUACUGGGGUCUCUGCUGUCAAUGCUAGCGACGCGAAUCUUGAUGUUUCUGAUGCUGCGGACAAUGAUGCCACUGCUGCUAAAGAACCGGCGGCAGGUAAUGAGUCUCGUCAAAUCACAGAAGAAGUUGAAGAACCCGCUUCUGAAAAUGGUGUUGAAUUUACGGAUUCUGGGCCAGAACCCGAGCCUCUGCGUUCUCCUUCUCCGACUCCAGCCACUCAGAAGAUGCGGGACCGCCAACGGGAACUGGAUAAGGCGUUCAAGAAGGUAGCAGCGGCCCAGCGACUGGCUUUGUCUGUGCUAGCCGAGCAUUCUCAGCGCAAGCUUGCGCGGGAUAAGAACGCCCAUAAGAAAGUGCCAGAGUUUGAUGAGGUCAACCGGCAACUACAGGAGAGAUUAGAAAGACACAGGGAGAUAUUGCGCCGAGAAUACGAAUAUAAGGUAGCCAAUGCGGACCGGGUUCUCGCUCUUGAGAAGGAGAAUCUCGAGAUACAAUUUCGGAGGAAAGCCCGCGAAAUUCAACACGAACAUCUUCUUGCAAGUCAGGGGGCGUACAUGGCAUUCGUUGAGGGCCGUCGCGCUGCAGAGGAUGAUGAACACACUGAGACGGAUGAAUCCGAAACCGAGGUUGACCGUGGACGUAUUCGUCCGCCGGCCAGAGAGAUGAAGAGGGGAUACUAUUCAUCCUUUGUGCGAAACCCUGCCGGUGCUGCUCUGUACGAGCGUGCCCUGAGUGGCUGGGAGGAUUUUGUUCAACGAGCCAAGCUGGGAGGCGACAUUGAGCCGCAGAUGAACGACAUGGAAGAAGCUGUGCCAUCCCCUGGUCUCUCAGCACAUGAUGUUCUUAGCAUGAUCAUUGAAGCCACGGGGGUGGUCCAAACGCAAGAUGACGCUAUGGUGGAGAGUAACAAGGUAUCCGCUCCGGUACCCGAGUCGCGGGCUGAGGCUUUAUACGCCCUGGCCGAUGCCGCAAUCGCUUCCACCCUGCCCCCGCCCAGAGCGGCCAUGACGCCACGAGCCCCAGCACCCCGAGCUAUCCUCCCACAACCUCCUCAGCUUCAGGGAAUCCAGGGUCCAACUGAUCCGCGAGCCUUUGUGCUACCACCCCCCACUCCGCAGCGGCAGCAACCACGUCGGUUGCUGCCUGCUGGGCAAUUACCGGAUCCUUUCGCCGCCAGAAACGGCCCUCCGCAACUGCCCCCUCCCCCUGGUUCCAACUUUCAACGUCCUCCCCUGCCUGGCUUUCUAACCGGGCCUCCUCCGCCGCCCCUGUACUACACACACCCACCUCCUCCGGGCCCUCGGCCACCCUUCUAG